GGACAUGGAUCCAUAACUUAUGGGCCUGGAGCCUCCUAAAUGAUCGCUUCCUUCCCCGGCAGGCCAGGGGAAUCGGGGAGCUAAAAAUGGAAGCAGACGUCGCCGGCGAGUUCCCGUGCUCUUCCAUAGCCGUCGAAUCCGUCCUUCGAAUCGGUACAGCUGGCUUGAUCUGGGGCGGCUUGACCGGCCACCGUGACUCCGGAAAACAAGGCAUCGCUACUCUUGCUCGUGUGCCUUUCAUAGCUAGAUCAGUUGGUCGUUUUGGCUUUCAAUGGGGACUCUUUGCUGCAAUCUUCUCCUUCGCUCAUUGCAGUAUCCAAAGAUAUCGGAGGAGAGCGGAUUUGGUUGGUUUCUUGAUAUACAUAUUUCUCAUACUACACAGCACUAUAUAUUUAUUAAGCAGUAUAUCCCUAGUUCUAGUUUGAAUUCACUUCUAGAACCCAAUGUUUCCAAAACAUGAUUUCCUCCAUCCCUGCCCCUAUAGAUACAGUACAUGUUUAAAUUUCUGCCUUUUGGUUGUUGUGACUAAUUGGGUGUCUUUAUAAGCUCAUGAAUGAGAAUGAGAAGGUCUACAAAUAAAUGUUUGGGUGUGCAGUUUAAUGUGGUGACAGCAAGCGCUGUGGCAGGGACAGUUCUGUGUGGGCCCCGACAAUGGAAGCAGGUUGCUGGAAUCACUGCCCUUGUUUGUCUUUUAAACAGCCAGGGCCGAGAGAAGUAAUGUGAAACACUCAAUAUUUUACUUUAAAUGAAAUCAAAAGUUUAUUUUGGUACAGAUGUAGUACUACUAUACCCCCUCUUUGGUCCAUUCAUGGAACUAUGAAAUGAAAGUAGUGAAUAGUU